UCCUUAGUUUAUCACCAAGUAUAGUCGUUUAGUCAUCGGCGCAGCCCUUCGACUCUUGUUCUCCAUUUCGCAUUUGCAAUUUUUCUCUCGAUUGUAUUGAUACCGCGAUAUAUAUCGUGAUUAUGAUUACUCUGCAAUCUUCGUGCCAAGAAAGUUGUCGUUCUUUGAGUUAAAAGUACGAUUCACACGCAUAGAUACGAGUGCCUUUUCGAACAUAAUCAGAAGGAGGAAGUGAAGAGUGUCGUGCUUUUCGGGAAAAUUACAAGCCAGAAUGACAUUCACGAGGGUGGCUUCCGUCCUGCUUCUGGGACUCUACUCGAACAUCUUACUAGUGUCCUGUCAGGAUCAGAAUGUUACGGAAAUCAACGUUACGGAAGCCAACGUUAUGGAGCUCAAUGAACCGGAUUUCGCCACUCCCGAAUACAUAUUACCGUGCAGCAGAAAAGAUCCAAAGAUUGACGCGUGUUUUCUUCGCACGCUCAAUCAUAUCCAACCAUACUUGGUGAAAGGUAUUCCAGAGCUGGAAUUGCCUUCAAUCGAACCGCUAGUGAUUCCCGAAUUAAAGAUAGAAAAUGGUCAAGGUCCGGUGCGUAUUAGAGCGUUCUUCACUAACAUCACAGCGAUAGGGCCAGGAAAUUAUAGCAUCACCAAAGUAAGAGUAAAUAUAUCAUCGUAUAGGAUCGAUCUUCAUCUAUCGUUGCCUAAGAUUGAAGUUCAAGGAAACUACGAUAUCAAUGGGAACGUACUGCUUUUUCCCAUACAAAGUCACGGAAAUUUUUGGGCAUUAUUUGGUGAUGUAGAAGGAAUCGCUCGCAUACAGGGUGUCGAGGAAGUGAGAAAUGGCAUUCGUUAUCUGAACAUUGUUCGAUUGCUAAUUGAUUUCAGCCUCGGCCGAGUCAGAUUUCGCAUAAUGGAUCAUCUAAACGGUGAUAACGUGAUCGGACAGGCGAUGAACCAAUUUCUAAAUCAAAAUGCCAAAGAAAUAAUCGAAGAGAUGAGACCGGCGGCUAGUGCUAGUAUUGCCAAAUAUUUUAAAGAAUUUUUGAACACCGCUUUCGGCAAACUGCCCAUGAAAAUCUGGAUGCAUGAUACGUAAUGAUUUUUCAUUCUUAAUAGCUUUCUAAAUUCACACACAUAAAAAUUUUUCCUGCAAUACUAAUCUCCUGCGAUUAACAAGGUUUAAAAGUACAAACCAAAUUGCCAUUUUAGUAUUAACAAUUUUUUUUUUUAAACAGUAUCAGUAUUUUUGUGAUAGACUUUGCCUUUCAAAUCUACAAAAUAGGUAAUAAUGAUGAAAUCUAUUAUAAUUAAAGUGAUUCAAAAAAAUUUAAUUUUUAAAUCGGGAGUGUAAAAUCGACUUCCAAAUGUCAUUUGAUAUUAUUAAAAUUAAGUUAAUAACUAAUUAAUAAAAUUAUAUAUAUAUAUAUAUAUAUAUAUAUAUAUAUAUAAUAUGUAAUUUACCAAUUUUAUUAGUUAUGUUAAACAUUUAAUUUGUACGUGUGUGGAUUAUAGCAUUACGAUUUAUAUUUAAAUGUGCAUGUUUAAUAAAAAUAAUUAUCACGUUAAAAAAUG